AUCAUACGCGCGAGUUCUCAUGCGGCCGCCUCUACUAUCGCACAUUCUACCUCGAUCCAAGGCAGGAUGCGCUCUACGUUGGAGCCAUGGACAACGUAUUCAAGCUCAAUCUAAAAGACAUCAACAGGACGGACUGCGAGGUCGAUGCAAUCAAGCUGGAGCCGUCGAGCAUGCCGAGCUGCGUCGCUAAGGGCAAAUCGGAGAACUUUGACUGCCGCAAUCACAUUCGCGUCAUUCAGCCGAUGGGCGCCGACCGCAGUCAGCUGUACAUCUGCGGCACCAAUGCCUACCAGCCCAAGGACUGGAUCGUUAAUACCUCAAACCUGAGCAUCUCUACGCAGACAAUACCUGGCAUUGGCAAUGGCAUCGCCAAGUGUCCCUUUGAUCCCGAUGACAAUUCCACUGCGCUGUGGGUUGACAAGGGCAAUCCCGGCGACCUGCCUGGCCUGUACAGUGGCUCGGUGGCGGAGUACAGCAAAGCUGACACGGUCAUCUUCCGCACUGACCUCUUUAACCUGCAAACGGGCGAGAAGGUGUACCCUUUUAAGCGGACCAUCAAGUACGACUCAAAGUGGCUUGACAAACCAAACUUUGUGGGCUCCUUUGAGGUGGGCGACUACGUGUACUUCUUCUUCCGCGAAUCGGCCGUGGAGUACAUCAACUGCGGCAAGGCGAUCUACUCGCGCAUUGCCCGCGUCUGCAAGCGGGACACCGGCGGUCGGAAUAUUCUCAACAAGAACUGGGCCACCUUUAUAAAAGCCCGAUUGGUGUGCAAGAUUGGCGGCGCCAAUGAUGAGUUUCCCUUUUACUUUAAUGAAAUUCAGAGCAUCUACAAACGACCCGAUGACGGCGAAAAGUUCUACGGCGUCUUUAGCACCUCAAUGAACGGCAUCGUCGGCUCGGCCAUCUGCACAUUUAGCCUUUCAAAGGUUGAGGAGGUGUUUCUGGGAAAAUUCAAAGAACAGGCAACGAGCAGUAGCGCCUGGCUCCCUGUUUUGAGCAGCAAAGUCCCCGAACCUCGGCCUGGAACGUGCGUCAACGACACUCAAGUCCUUCCCGAUUCAGUGCUGAACUUUAUCAGGGGGCACCCGUUGAUGGACAGCUCAGUAGCGAAUGAUAACAGUCUGCCGGUCUUUUACAAGCGAGACCUAGUCUUCACGAAAAUCGUCGCCGACGUUCUCGAAGUGGACGGCCUUCAGUACACGGUCUACCUGGGCGGCACGGCCACCGGGUACGUGUACAAGGUGGUCGAGUGGUACGACGCCUCGGGGGCGGUGCACUCCAAUCUGGUGGACGUCUUUGAGGCGACGACGCCAGAGCCGAUCAGGGCGAUGGAGAUCAGCCCACUGCACCGGUCUAUCUACGUGGCCAGCGACUCGAAGAUCAGGCAGAUUGGCCUGGUCAGUACCUGUCGAGGGCGGUACGAGAGCUGUGCGAGGUGCAUUCAGGAUCCGUACUGCGGCUGGGACCGGGAGGCGGGCGAGUGCAAGCCGUACAAUAAUGGGCUUCUCCAGGACAUCACCAACGCCACGACGGGCGUCUGCGACGCGCCGGGAGCCAUCGAGACCAAACACCUCAAGGUGGCCUUUGGCGAGUCGGUCCACCUGCCCUGUACGCUGAACAGCCACGACAUGGAGGCCACCCUGGCCGCCCAGGGCCCCAUCAAGUGGUACUACUUUCGCAGCGCCAAGUCGAGCAGUUUUGAGGUGCUGCCCAAGCGGGACAAGUACGUCCAGACGGCCGACCACGGGCUGGUGAUUCUGGGCGUCACCGACCGGGAGAGUGGCCGCUACGACUGCCGCCUGGGGCCGGGCACCGUCUUCAGCUACACCGUCGAGGUGGAUGCCAAAACGUGCUCCACGCCAAGCGAGACCGAGUUUCGCAAGGUCUACUCUGACUGGUGUCACCAGUUUGAGAAGUACAAGAGCGACAUGAAGAGGUGGCAGCUGAGGCAGUCGGUAAGUUUAGAUUGA